ACGUCACCGUCUUCGUCAACCUGUCAGAGGUGGAGCCGUGAUAUGGCGGAUGCCGAUAACAUCAACAUUAUGAAGAACUAUCACGGAGAUUUGUUGGGAAAUGACAAAAAGAACAGCCGCUACCCCUACUGCAUUGUCUGGACCCCCAUUCCUAUUUUAUCGUGGGUGCUGCCUUUCAUUGGUCAUAUGGGAAUUUGCACCUCUUCCGGAAUCAUCAGAGAUUUUGCAGGAUCUUACUUUGUCUCGGAGGACAAUAUGGGCUUCGGGAGACCAACAAAGUAUUGGAAACUUGAUGUGAACAAAGUGCGUGGCAAUGGUGCUGCAACUUGGGACCAAGCCGUUUAUGAUGCAUCUGAGGAAUACAAAGGCAGACAGCACAACCUGUGUUUUGAUAACUGCCAUUCCCACGUCGCCAUGGCCCUCAACUUGAUGCGCUAUGACAACAGCUCCUCUUGGAACAUGAUCAAAUUGUGCUUUGGCUCUCUUUUUCAUGGCAAAUAUGUGAGCUGGUCCGCGUUCCUCAAGACCUGGCUGCCCUUCAUCCUUCUCUGCGUCGUAAUCAGCAUGGUCAUCCUCACGUUCAACCUGCAGUAAUUAAUACACGACACCGGGAGACUCAUUUGUUUGCUACGUAUUGUGUUUGAGACUUUGCCUAUUUAUGAAGCAAAUUUUGCUUUCAGCUCAGGCUCUUGAACUACCUUGGAAUGAUACGCUGAUGAGUUUCCCGACUGGCUAAUAUACAUUUUGGUGAUGGGAAAUGGAAAUGACAAUGCGAAUUACUGCACAAACCCAUUGUUGAAAUUAUUCCUCAAUUAUUUAAGAUUAAGUGUUCUGAAAGCAUUACCGAAUGACGAAGGGACCCGUUGGAGGAAAAAUGACUCUGAGUAGAUAAACGUGUUUAUUGUAUCCCCCCCAUCCUCAUUUUUUUUUUUUUUAUGUUAGGAUACUACAUGUUUUUUAUGGGUGCAUUUCAAUGCUUUAAAAAUUGUACAUCUUCAUAAAGAAUGUAAUUUUAGCCUCAUCAUGUUGCCGUCAAUAUCACUAUAAAGUCCCUUUGCUAAUAUCAUAAUCGUUAUUAUCAAGAAAAUAAAUCAGAAUAAUCAAAGUCUGAGAUCUUAUAAGUGGCCAAAUAUUGGUAACAAUACGCCGCAUAUAAAUCAAUUUCACCAUCCACGAGGUCUUUGAUACUAUGACUCAUUCUGAUCACGGGUGUUCUAUUUUUAUCAUAUUGAACAUGUCCUAGAUAUUGCUGUGGACUUUAGCAUAAUAAAGUAACUGCCCCUUAAUGUUUAAUUAAUAAUAAUAAAAAAAAGACACCUUGUAGUGAUAUUGACUCUAUUGCAAUAUUUGUACAAAAUAUUUAUUUUUAUUAUCAACAACGGUUUUCCUGCUUCAUUGUAUAGUGGAGGUCACAGUCUGCUUGUCCGCUGUAGCUUUAAGGGGGGUGAGGGGGACUCCACACUUUUUUCCAUCCAGCAGAUUCUGCGCUAAAAGAACUGCCAUCAAUUUACAACAGCCUUUAUU